UGUCAUUCUGUGCUCUAGAUCGCUGAUGCAUUCGAAUUGAACGCCUGUUUACGUACGAGUGACCGUGCAUGACAUGGGUCUGUAAAUCAAAAGGAGCGGUGUUGUACUUUAAACCGCUUUGGGAAGCGGGCAAUGUGGCUUGGCAAUAAUAAUCGCUGGAACUUUUCCAUGGAUCAGAUAUUUCACGAUCUUAUUCACGAAUGUAAAUAUGUGGCACCAGGAGCGCAACUCACUUACGCCUUGAGGAAUCGCUUGGAGAAGUAUAAAAGAGAAGUGCGGAAAGAUAUUGUGUCUCGUGAGAAAGAGGGUUGUACCGCUUUGUUUAUCGCCUGCAAGAGGGGCCACGUGGAGAUCGUCGAAUAUCUCAUAAAAAAAUGUGACGCGGACAUCGAACAAAGAGGAAGGUACGAAGUGUUGGACGACAGAUCCGUUCAUUGUGUCACUCCGCUAUGGUGUGCUGCAGUAUCAGGAAAUUUGGAAGUUAUAAAAUGCCUUAUAUCCCAUGGAGCUGACGUCAAUGCGGUCUCUGAUUCUGGAUCCACUCCUGUUAGAUCUGCGUGCUUUAUGACACAUAUGGAUAUUGUCUCUUAUUUAGUGGAAAACGGCGCCGAUAUAUUAAAAGCGAAUUAUAACGGUGGAACAUGUUUGAUAAAUUCUGUACAAAGUGUGGAGUUAUGUACUUUUUUGUUGGAACAUGGCGCGGAUGUAAAUGCCACUGACAUUCAGAACAAAACUGCCUUGCAUUAUGCUAUACAAGAGCACAGACUUCAAACUACUAAACUGCUCUUAGAACAUAGUGCAGACCCUCAUCUUAGAUCUCGUUAUAAUGAUGAUGCCCUCCAGACUGCCUGUCUUAAAGGAGCCAUUCAGAUAUUUGACUAUUUAGUGGAAAACGUAUCGUAUUCUGCGGAAAGAUUGGCAGAUGCAAACGAACUGAUGGGAUCUACAUUUUUUGACGAUCACAAUGAUACGCACAUGGCGUUGCAGUAUUGGAGGGCAGCGAUGAUCCUCAGAAUGGUCAACUCGGAUGAUGGAGUGCCUUUACCAAAGAGACCUGAAUUACCAAAACGCGAAGCUUAUAAAAACACUACGGAAUUUUCGAAUUUGGAUGAGUUAAGCGCUAUCUCGCUCGAUUUAGAUACAAUAAGAAUACAAAGCCUGCUGAUAUGCGAAAGAAUAUUAGGUCCGCAUCACAAGGAUACCCUCUUCCGGCUGAUGUUUAGAGGUGCAUCGUAUGCAGAUGCCUUAAGAUAUCAGAAUUGUAUAGAUCUGUGGCGUCGCGCGUUAGAAAUUAGGGUAGAAAAGGAUUCGAUCUUGUAUGCGGAUACUUGCUUUACCGCACAAGCUCUUGUAAGGCUUAUGGUAGAUUUGAAUGAAAAAACGUUGGAAGUGAUGGAUCGAAAUCGAGAAAAGCAGGAACCGCGAUUUUGCGAUGUAGUAGCGAUAUUUAAAUUACUUUCUAGCCAACUGACCGAAGCUAGAGAAUUGCUGGAGAAGCGUCCUGUACAUAAGAGACAAAGAGAUAGUUACGAACGCAUCUUGAAGUGCGUGACGCAUCUUAUUUACCUGUUAGUAGAAACGGCGAGUUCUGACGAAGAGAAAACUCUAAUGCAUCAACUAGUACGUGGUUUAGUGAAACAAAAUCCAAGAACUGUUUAUACAGAGGACACGCUUCUCCAUCUUUGCGUUUCUAGUUUAAAUACAAUUAAUUCUAGUUAUUUUACUUCUGCCGACGAUAUGCAUACAAUCUUCCCACGUUUAGAUGUUGUUAAAUUACUCUUAGAUUGUGGGGCAUAUGUUGAUGCUAGAAAUAUAAUGCGAUCAACACCUUUACAUGUAGCAAGUAACGCAUAUAACUUUCGCAAUCCCCUGAUAAAAUUAUUGUUGGAUUAUGGCGCGCACUUGGAUACACCAAAUAGAGCGGGAGAUACACCAGCGCGAUUGAUAUCCUCUAAUUCACUAAAUAGCGUCAACCUCCUUAAUUAUACUAGCCUUCAGUGUCAGGCUGCGCAAGCUGUUUGUAAAUAUGGAAUUCGUAGUACAGAACUACCUAUUACGUUACGUUAUUUUCUAGAACUUCAUAGAGAAUAAUAUUGAUAAUAAGAUUUUCAAAUAAUUUGAAUGUU